UGGUGUUCAGAUCCCAAAGUCCCGGAUGAAAAUGUGCUAUAUAUUAUCUAGAGCGGGAGGCGGGUUCCGUAUUCGAAGCUAGCAGUUCUUGCGCGGUAUUAUCUUGUUUGUUUUGGAGUUGCUGUCGUUAAAAUUGACCAGUAGUAUUAAACAUGGCUGGUGGCAAAGCAGGAAAAGACUCUGGAAAGACCAAAACCAAGGCUAUUUCGCGCUCACAGAGAGCAGGGCUGCAGUUCCCCGUGGGUCGUAUCCACAGACAUCUGAAGUCAAGAACCACCAGCCACGGCAGAGUGGGAGCCACCGCGGCGGUAUACAGCGCCGCUAUCCUUGAAUACCUCACCGCUGAGGUGCUGGAGUUGGCAGGAAACGCCUCAAAGGAUCUGAAGGUAAAGCGUAUCACUCCUCGCCACUUGCAGCUGGCCAUCAGAGGAGAUGAGGAGUUGGACUCACUCAUUAAAGCUACUAUUGCUGGAGGAGGUGUGAUCCCUCACAUUCACAAGUCUCUGAUCGGAAAGAAGGGCCAGCAGAAGACCGUAUAACCUGAAGUGCUGUCAAAGUCGUGCCAUCUCAGGACGAAGUCUGCAUCAAGUGGUUACUUGUCUUAGAUUAGAACACCUGUUAGGAGUUGUGUAAGGUUGAGCUCGCAUUUACUCACCUGGGUAUUUUUUAAAAGUGGCUUCAAAGAAGCUCAUUUUGUGUGUUUUCAAUUAUUUUUCCUCCUCCCCAAUGAUGCAGUUUUUCUUUUGUCUAAACUAGGAAUGGGCACGAUCAGUCAAUUAGUCGGUUAUGUAAGUCUUGAGUCUGUGGUCUAGCCUGACUGAACACUCGACUCGCAGCUUCGUGCCACGUUUUCCUGCCAUUAAAAUGUAUUGCUUGUGACUAUGUAAUGAGAAAAAUCCAUAGAUAAUGGUCAAAAGUUUAUCGAGGCUAAGCGGGCAGUUGUAUAAUCGAUUGAUAGCAAAUGUCGGACAUAACUUUUUUGCUCAUCGUGCCCAUCCCCAGUCUAAACCUCUGUGGCAUUCCCAUGAUCAUUGUGGUGUUUUAAUAAAGCUGUUGUUGGGCA